AUGGCUCCACUGCCUGCAGCUCAUGUCCAGCAGGUCUGGGGAACCAAUUGUCAGGAACGUUCAACAGGAUGGAUUCCAGUGUGUGUCUUUCCAUUAACAGCACAAAAUCAAACUUCUGGCUGUGAGUGCUUGCCGGGCUUCAGCCCUGGCUGGCUUGCCAACGUCUCCGCAGGCGGGCAGCAGCCCCUCGAUCGCUUCGGCUGCGAUCCGUGCCAGCCAGGAACUUACAAGCCGGGGCCCGGCAACGGGACAUGUACGAACUGUCCGGCGGGGUCAUACGCGUCCGAGGGCGGAGCGACGAGCUGCACGGCCUGUCCCCCGCAUUCCUCCAGUCCGAAUGGCUCCACUGCCUGCAGCUCAUGUCCAGCAGGACACUACAACGACGAGCUUGGAGCGACGUACUGUAAGAGAUGCGGUAGCCAUCAAACCUCUCCCGCACAGAGCACAUCCAUCAGCGACUGUGAGUGCUUGCCGGGCUUCAGCCCUGGCUGGCUUGCCAACGUCUCCGCAGGCGGGCAGCAGCCCCUCGAUCGCUUCGGCUGCGAUCCGUGCCAGCCAGGAACUUACAAGCCGGGGCCCGGCAACGGGACAUGUACGAACUGUCCGGCGGGGUCAUACGCGUCCGAGGGCGGAGCGACGAGCUGCACGGCCUCCUGCAGGAUGUGUCCGCCGGGGUACUACAAGCCUGAGAAAGGCCUCAAGAGCUGCUCAGCAUGCCCGCCCGGCACGUACAGCAACGGGUCACGCGCCGCCUCCUGCUCCGAUUGCCGGCCAUGCGCUGAGGGAAGCUACAGCAACGGCACGGGCUCCUCCCCCCUCGAUCGCUUCGGCUGCGAUCCGUGCCAGCCAGGAACUUACAAGCCGGGGCCCGGCAACGGGACAUGUACGAACUGUCCGGCGGGGUCAUACGCGUCCGAGGGCGGAGCGACGAGCUGCACGGCCUGUCCC